AUGAUUAUCUAUAGCAAGGUGACAAGUUUAUUAUCUACUUUGGUGACUUCCACGUUCGUAAUUGAGAAACAACCACCACAAGUUAUGAAAACUAAUACACGUUUUACGGCAACCGUUCGCCUGUUGGUGGGUGGUCAACUCAAUGUACACAUGACUCCACCACGAGUUACCGUGGUGAUAAUAUCCGAGCAACAAGCUCAAUUGUUAUUGAAGAGUGACUCCCAAAGUGGGCGCGGAAAGCAGCCCGUGGAGUGUGGGGACAUUCUCAAUAACAGCGGGUGUAUGGAGUACCAGCCUACCAGCCGGCAGCUUAGCGUCAGUUUCAGGAACAUGCAGUUACGCAAAAUAAAGCGAGCGGAGAAGAAGGGAACAGAGAGUGUGAUGGAUGAGAAGCUAACUCUUCUAUUUCAGUCUGAGUUCAACGUCGGGGGAGGGGAACUUGUCUUCCAGGUGUGGACCCUAUCUCUUCCAGUAGUGGUGAUAGUCCACGGCAAUCAGGAGCCCCACGGCUGGGCCACAGUCACUUGGGACAAUGCUUUCAGCCCCCCAGGCAGGGUCCCCUUCGCUGUCCCCGAUAAGGUGACUUGGUGUCAGUUGGCUGAGACUCUACGCAUCAAAUUUUGUUCAGCCACUGGUGGGGAUCUGUCCGAGGAUAAUCUGAGGUUCCUGGCCGAGAAGAUUUUUAGUAUAAUCUCCAGGACAAGUCUCCCCAUGAACACCAUGGAGCUGAACGCCAUGACAGUCAGCUGGACCCAGUUCUGCAAAGACGCACUACCGGAACGGAAUUUCACCUUCUGGGAGUGGUUUUACAUGGUCGUCAAGGUCACGAGAGACUAUCUGAGGACGCUCUGGUGUGAUCGCCUGAUAAUGGGUUUCAUUCAAAAGAAGCAAGCCGAGGAGAUGUUAGCUAAAUGUCCUCCUGGGACAUUCCUACUUCGCUUCUCGGAUUCUGAACUCGGUGGAAUCACUAUCGCCUGGGUUGGAGAUGGCAACGAAGUGUUCAGCCUCCAGCCGUUCACAUCCCGUGACCUGAUGCUGCGAUCCCUCGCCGACCGAAUCCUGGAUCUGUCCCAGCUGCAGUUCCUUUACCCCAACGUGGCCAAGAAUGAUGUCUUCUCCAAGUAUUAUACUAAGCCUGAAAACGACGUCCUAAAGAACGGCUACGUGAAGCCUGUGUUGGUGACGACGUUGCCCCCAUACAUGUCCCCCUCUCCGGCCUACGCGCAUUCGCCCGACUCGCAUCGCAACACGCCAUCCGUGCACAACAGUUACUUCAGCGCAUCAACGCCUGCGCAAACCGAGAACAGUUUCAUGGACAGCGAGCUGUUUGAGCAGAUACGCGCGUUCGAGCCGGAUGGUUUCGAUGAUUUCGACUUUUACGGUGGAAAUGUUAGUAUGAAAUGA